UACGCUUCGAACGUUUUUCCCCGAUGGCGACGGCGACGCUCUUAUAGUUCGCAGCGUCGCAGUUCGCGGUCGUCGCGGCUCGCUCUCGCUCUCGCUCUCCUCGAGGGAGAAUUAUGCUCGCGCGUGUUCGAAACGCGUUCGCCUGCAACUUACCGAAAUGCGGGAAUUUCAAAUUUCCAGGGAUGGAGAAGCCCGAGUCCUCGAACGGGGACGAGAGCAACACCGAGCUCGAGGACAGGGACCCCAACAGCCUGAACCAGCAUCUUCAGGUGAUGUGGGACGACGUGAUCGGAGAACCGGAAGGAAUACGCAGCCCGGAGUGCGCGUGGCGUCUAAGCGGCCACUGCUUCCGGUUGUCCAGGGGCUGCUGCUACAUCUUGCUCUCCGUCCUGAUAGCGCCUGUGUUGGCGCUCUGUUUCGGCUUCACCUUCGCCUGCCUCUCCUUUCAGCACAUAUGGUGCGUGGCCCCCUGCCUCCGCGUCUGGAAAAUCACCUGCGCAGCCACAAGAAAUUUUCUCGCUGCGUUGACGCAGGCUAUCGUGCGGCCCGUGACGGACGCCGUUGGUUACCUGUUCCACAAUAUCCGUGUGUUCAAUCAGAAGCUACCUGACGGUGCCCAAAUCAAAGACGAUCUUUUGAUAGUCUGAUCGCAACCCCCCGAUCGCUUGCAAUCUCUUCGGGGUGCCCUCUCCUCGUCACCGAGUGCCUUUUCAGUCGUCGGACAAUCGUGUUUCGGACGGAGGACGUUGCGAACAAUCGAAUAACCACAGAAUUUCACACCGGGACACGCUGCCCAAUCGGAUUAAGAACCAUUUCAGAUUUUAAUUAAUAGCGUGAUGUUUCACUUGAUCUCAAUUUUCAUCUAAUGUCGCAACCUCCCUCGAGGUAGUAUUACGAUCAAAGGAAUUUAGCUGUAAGAGAACGGAAUAAUAAAGAGUUUCCAAGCUUA